GGCGUCACUGUCGAGUGCAGCUGGAUACUUUGUGCUACCUCAGACAAAGCAGCUCCGAUAAUGAGAUAGCAGUAAUUACACACAAAACGCUCCCACAGAGCCACGCGGAUUUAGUGGAUUAAGAGGUGAUGACAGCAGGAUUUAAUGUGCACCUGGACAGAGUAUUGAUACACUUUUACAGUCACUGUUUUCUGAGCAAAGAGGCGAAAACGGGGCGAAAUCCCGUCUCCACUGUCGGGCCUGAAUGUCGAAACUACCAGGAAAUGCAGGUGUGUCGGUGCUCGGGGACAAUUCGCUGGAGUUUUACCGGGACCCGGUGAGCUUCUACCGGCAGAGGAUGGAGAAACACCGGAGCAGGGUGUUUAAGUGCCGCCUGCUCAACAGACCGACCGCCUUCAUCUGCUCCGUGAAGGGGAUGAGAGAGAUGCUUUGUGAGAAGUCUAGCUUGUUUCUGAAGGACCCAGCUGAUUUGAUGACCAACGUGUAUGGUGACACCGUUGUCACCACUAAUGGCGAGGAGGCAUGUCUUCUCAGACUGUCUCUCACCAGCCUGUUCACAGGAAGUUGUUUGGAAUCAUCAAGUCAUUAUAUCACCAGUGUGUGUGAGCGCCGUCUGAAGGACCUCUCUCUCAGUGGCCAGCCAGAGUGUGUGUACUCUGUUUUUAAGUCUCUUGGGACAGAGUUGGUGCUGGGCCUGUUCCUGAAUGUACGUGCGGAGGAGGAGCCUAAACUUUACGAGGAAAUUGUGCAGCUCUGCACCCAGCACUGGCAUGGUCUGAUCUCUGCUCCGGUCAAUGUGAAGGUUCCUCUGUGGUCGUCUGGUUUCUCCAUUGCUCUGGACGCAAGAGACAAACUGAUGGACAUCAUCAAAGACAAACUGGAGAAUGACACACAGGGUUUUGUCGGCUCUCUUGCCUCUUUGCCGCUGCCGGAUUCCAGCUGUGCCUCCCAGCACCUCCUGCUGUUCAUCUCAGCUCUGAUCCCUAAAGCUCUGGCAUCCCUGCUCACCUCCUUCACACUGGCACUCAGUGGAAACGAACAGACACGCCAGCGAGCAAUGGAUGACCCUGAUUACUUGCGUGGAGUACUGCUAGAGGUUCAGAGACUUUGGCCUCCUUUCAUCGGUGGACGCAGAAUAGCUGAUCAGGACUCCACCCUUGCAGGGUUUCAUGUCCCAAAGGGUUACGGUGUAAUCUAUAUCAGCCACUCCGUCCACCGUGACCCAGAGGUGUUCCAGCAGCCAGACAGCUUCCUGCCGGAGAGGUGGAGCGAAAGGAAUGCAGGCCAGGAGCACUUCCUGUGUUCCUUCGGCAGCGGGCCCAGAAGCUGCAUUGGAGCUAAACUUACCGAUGUCUUCCUUAAGGAAGCAUGUACCUACCUACUAAAGCACUACAGCUGGUGUUUGGACCCUCCAUCACAGGACCUUGAGUACAAAUGGCUGCCUGUAUCUCGCCCUGCCAACCCUCCCAGAAUCUCCUUCACCCGACUGGAUCAGACCAGAUCUUGAAAGUAGCAACACUGACUAGGGGUGCACAGUAUAUUUAGUGAUGUACCUUCUCAUACGUUGGGUGGGAGAGCAGUCAGAGCUGUAGCUUGAGGCCAGAUAUUCCUGUCUAGAAUAUGCAGAAAAAGCAGUAAAAUAUGUGAACACACACUGAGAGGGAAACAGUGAGGUUUUCCCCUGCUGCGUAUAAUACAGUAAUAAUGCAGGAGAUAGCAGAGGGGUGUGCAAGUUUCAGUCUGUGUUUCUCUACCAAAUAUUCUGCAGCUUUCCUUCAUGAACCUGAAAUACAAAACAAACUAAAUGCCUCAUUCUUCCAUUGUUGAAUCUGUUUUUAAUGAGUCAGGGUUUAAAAAAGACUCACCAUGAAACUCUUUGGCUCUCUGAACCUGUUUUAUACAACAGAUGUUGCUUUGAGGUUGAAUUGAAAAACAACUUCUCCUUUUUUCCUUUCCAUCUAUGGCAGCGUUCGUUAUGAAACGAAAUUGAAAUCACCUCCAAAAUGGCAUCAUUUUUUUUUCUUUUCGUUUUUUUGCCACACUGCAGUGUCAGUACUGAGACCAAGCAAAUCCAAGGGAACACACACAUGCACACACUGAGGUAAGCCCUCAAAAUUCCAUCACUGACUGCAAACCUGUCUUCGCUCCCUCCCUCCACCACCUAUCAACCACCACUGCUUAGCAACAGAUCGUCAUACCGACACCGACUUGCUUCCUUUUAGCAUGCAAGUCUCACACGCGCACACAAACGCAGACACACACUAACCUGGUUAUUUUGAAAGCAGUUGGCAAUGAUAUACACACCCUCUGAAUCACAUGUAAAUGAUGCCAGAAGACGCCUCAGAGUGCACAGCUAAAUUUGAAAUAACCUCAGCAUUUCGAUUGAUUGUUAGCACAUGAAUCAUGCACUAAACUUAAAUUGAGUCGACAGCAUUUAUAAAAUAUAAAUUUAAAUUAUUGAGUAAUGUUGAAAUGCAGCACAUUCUUUGGAUUACAUAUUCUGUAUGUUUAUAUGUGUCUGUUAAAUGUCUUUUUUUAUGUUUCCUUAUGGUUUGAGAAAAUAUCUAACUUGUUGGUCAAAUCUACUAUCAUGUUACAUUGUUAAUGUGUGAGAUUUCUAUAUUAAGAAAAAAUGGUCACA